AGAGUGAUCUGAUAUCUGAUUUUUAAAAAGUAAGUACAUAAACCCUGCUUUAUAGGAACAUAAAUGUAUGUUGUGUCUUAUAAUUGGGUAUGUUAUGGGGUGGCAUCAUGGGUGACUGACAUGACUAGUGGUGGCGUACUUUUUCCUAUGGCAUGGAAUUGAAAAUGAAAUAUAAACGUUUUAUAUUUUCAGUGAUAUCAUAGCUGGUGGUGGCGCGUAUAAAAAUACACAAUUUGUUCUUUAGCGGCUUGCAGAGGUCAGGGGAAAUUGAAUGGUGCAUUUAAAGCAAUUCUCUCUUUGAGAGCGAGGAGGAGAACCAUGAUAUUUUAUUUCCAGUAUGCCUGUACGUGUAUGUGUGUUUUCGUGCCUGCGCGUGUCUGUGUGUGAGGCUGGCUGUAGCCCUACGUGUGUCGCCCCCCCUUCUCUCUUUGUCCCUCCUCCAUAGUAAGAAUCAACCGAGCGCUAUCAAUCGGCUCGCAUCCUGCUGCAAACUAGGAUAAGCCACCACCACAACAACCUUCACUUCACUUUCACGUUCAUUUAGCCCCUCUCUCUCUCUGACACACCGACCAGCAGCGUCCUAUGAUUUGCCUGCCUGAGAUGCGAUUUCGCUCUCCCCUUUCCCGGAGAAUAUCGUCCGUUACUCCCCACUGAAAGACCAUGCCCGAGACGGGGGCGGCGGGAGCAGCAGUCCCUGCAGCAGCGGGUAGCAGCUCCUCCGAAAGCAGUGGUGGCACCGAGAGCUCGCGACACAGACACCGAUCGCAAGGCGAAGGGGAAAAGACAGAUCAAAGUGCUGCCUCCUCGCAGCAAACGUCAUCCGGUGUACUGGAUAAGUUAUUUGGGAAGCGGCUGCUGCAGGCUGGGAGGUACAUAAUGUCUCAUAAGUCCUGGAUGAAGACCGUGCCCACUGAGAACUGUGACGUCCUCAUGACUUUCUCAGACCGGACAGAUGACCACACGUUGCUAUGGCUACUAAACCACAUGCGCCUGGGCAUUCCAGAACUCAUCGUCCAGAUCCGACAUCACAAACACACGCAUGUACACGCCUUCUUCGUCACGGCAACUUACGAGAAUUUGUUGCGCGGGGCAGAGGAGAUGGGUCUGAGGAAGUCAUUAAAGCCAGAGUUUGGGGGAGGAACACGCAGCUUCUCCUGUGAAGAAGACUACAUCUAUGAGAACAUUGAGAGUGAACUAUGCUUCUUCACAUCACAGGAGAGGCAGAGCAUUAUCAAGUACUGGCUCGACAAUCUACGAGCCAAGCAGGGGGAGGUGCUUCAUAACAUACACUUCCUGGAGGGACAGCCAAUCAUCCCAGAGCUGAGUGGGAGGGGUGUGAUCCAGCAGGUGUUUCCUCUCCAUGAGCAGAGGAUCCUCAGUCAGCUGAUGAAGUCCUGGGUGCAGGCUGUGUGUGAAAAACAGCCACUAGAUGAUAUUCGUGACUACUUUGGGGUGAAGAUAGCCAUGUACUUCGCCUGGCUGGGGUUCUACACCACGUCUAUGCUGUAUCCUGCUGUCAUCGGCUUCGUGCUCUGGGUUCUUACCGAGUCUGACCAGACGAGUCGUGAUAUCUGCUGUGUGGUGUUUGCACUGUUUAACGUGGUGUGGGCCACACUCUUCUUGGAGAGGUGGAAGAGAAGGGGGGCGGAGCUGGCCUAUAAGUGGGGUACACUGGACACCCCUAACGAGUCUCUAGAGGAACCACGGACGCAGUUUAGGGGUGUGAAGCGGUGCAGCCCCAUAACAGGCUGUGAGGAGUUUUACUACCCACCGUGGAGGAGGAGGGUGUUCAGGUGGCUGGUCAGCCUGCCCAUCUGCAUCCUGUGUCUCUGCUUUGUGUUCCUGGCCAUGCUCCUCUGCUUCGAACUGCAGGAGUUUGUUAUGGGGAUUAAAGAAGUACCUCGCCUGGCCCGGUUCAUCCCUAAGAUCAUGCUGGCCAUCACUGUGACUGCCUGUGACGAGGUGUACAGGAAGAUAGCCUACUGGCUCAACGACAUGGAAAACUAUAGACUCCAGAGUGCCUAUGAGAAACAUCUCAUCAUUAAAUUGGUUCUUUUUCAGUUUGUAAACUCUUAUCUCAGCCUUUUCUACAUUGGAUUCUACCUCAAAGACAUGGAGCGUCUGAAAGAGGUGUUGCUGGUGUUCUCUCUGGGACAGAGUCUUCUCAGACAGCUGAAGGACAAUGUGCUGCCUUUUGUCUUCCUCAAGAUCAGGCUGUUGGUCGUCACCAUCCCCUGGGUCAUCAAGGCCUCCUUCAGGUCCAAACGUCUGGCUACCUUUGGAUUUGAGCAGCUGUUCUAUAAGAUGCUGGCCACCCUGCUGAUCAUUCGCCAUUUUGUCCAGAACGUGAAGGAGGUGAUGCAGCCUUACCUGUACGAGCGCCACAAGCUAGGCGAGCUCACCCUGCGCAGCGUCUGGGAUCUGCUCCUCUCAGCCCUGCUCAAGUACUGCAGGCUGGCCGCAGGAAAGCCCCAGGCUUCACCCACCGACCAGGCCAUGCCGGGCCCUGGCCUGAGGGGAACCAGACCCGGGGUGGGACAGCCUGACCGCAGGGAGAAGAAGUGUCUGAACGGGGGAUGUGGGGUGCCUGAAGAGGAGGAGGGAGAGAGAGAGGAGGGGGACAGUGGGAGGUUCAGUGAGGGAGAGAAUGAGGAAUCGUCUGAGAGUCUGAUAGACUGUGGCCUCAAGCUGAGGAAGGUCAGCUUCAUAGAGAGGGGGGACAGGAAGUCGUCUGGAGGGGGCUGCAUCCCCACAAUGGAGGACAGUUUCUUGGAGGACGGCAGCCCCACUAUGGUGGAGAAGGGGAUGGAUCCGGCAUCGGUGUUCGAGACAUAUGAUGAUGACGAUGACAAUGGCGUCACUGAGACAAAGGACACGGGAGUUUCGGCCAAUGAGAGUAUGGCGGCUGCCCCGCUGCCUUCUGGGCCAGAGAGCACGGUGACGGUGCGUCAUCGCAGAAGGCAGAGGAGUUUGGAGAGGGCAGACUCUAAAACCAAGCGGGAGUCAUGGAUCGACCCGCCAGAGGAACAGGAGAGUACGAGUCUGGCACAGGCUGAGAUGGAGAGCUGCAUGCAGACAUAUGAGGACACCUUCCAGGACUACCAGGAGAUGUUUGUCCAGUUCGGCUACGUAGUUCUCUUCUCCUCAGCCUUCCCCCUGGCGGCCAUGUGUGCCCUCAUCAACAACAUCAUCGAGAUCCGCAGCGACGCCUUCAAGCUCUGUACCGGCCUGCAGAGACCCUUCGGCAAAAGAGUGGAGAGCAUCGGACAGUGGCAGACAGCGAUGGAGGCCAUGGGUCUGAUCGCCAUCAUAGUCAACUGUUACUUGAUUGGUCAGUGUGGUCAGCUGCAGCGCCUCUUCCCCUGGCUCAGCCCUGAGAUGGCCAUCAUCUCCAUUGUCAUCCUUGAGCACUUUGCCAUCCUGCUGAAGUACAUCAUUCACGUAGCAAUCCCAGACAUCCCCAGCUGGGUGGGGGAGGAGAUGGCCAAACUGGAGUACCAACGCAGGGAGGCUUUUAAGAAGCACGAGCGGCAGGCGCAGCAGCACUACCAACAGCUACAGAGGAGGAAGAGAGAGGAGGAGGAGAGGCAGAGGCAGACCGAGCACCAGGCUCGCAGGGAGAGGGAGAGAGAUGAGGGGAAGGACUCCUCCGGGGGAGACCACCACCACGACAAGAGCCACGGGGGGAAGUCCCGCUCUGGAGGGGGUGGAGGUGGGGACAAACCCAAGAGGCCCAGCUCCCUCCUGGCCAACAACAACGUGAUGAAGCUCAAACUGAUCACCCCCUUACAGAGCAAGUUCUCCUCCGGCAGCGCACGCUCCCCUCAGUCUCCCACAGGAAACGAACCCAAGCUCCCCGGGUUCCUCAGCUUCAAGUUCCUCAAGUCGCCUGAGAAUAAGAAGGAAGCGGCUGCUGCCGCUGCAGCUGCAGCCACGGCAACGAAUACCACGACGACCGCGACCGCCCCCGGCGGUAACCAGGAGCGGUCUCAGUCGCCGAGCAAGUCGUUCAACCCUGGGAAACUAUUUAACUUUGGGAAGUCAGAGGGGGGCUCCUGUGUGAAUGGGUCCCAGUUACCCCGACCAGGGGAGGGUUCCCAGGGAUCUGACAAACAGCUCACCAAGUCUGACCUGAAUGGGGUGCCGGACGAAAUCCCCUCGCCUGGAGGGGAUGAGGGGGAGAACGGACACCACACAGACUCCUCAGACCCUAAAGUCUAGGCUCUCUUUGGAUGGGGAGAUGACAAACUACUAUGAGAACUUCACUUAAUAUAUCUACUAGAAGGAGAAAUGUAUGGGGAGAAAAGGUCAAGCCUCUCUCUGUGCUGUCUGGAUCUGAGGUUGUGUAUGUAGACACUGCCUGGGGGCUGUGGGGGGGGGGGACUAAUGGUAAUGAUGAUGGGAUGUGUGGGUCUGCAUUGUUGCUGUUGCUGAGAGACUUUCAGGCUUAAUGGUGAAGACAUAACCCACCCUUUUACCCGUGGCCACACACACACACACACACAGACACACGCACACGCACACACACACAUAGAAUCCUCUUUUGUCUGCAAUACAUAUAGAAAUGCAUGAGCUGCAUUUCUGAUACUUUCCGAGCAUUUUCCAAAAAAAGGGAGAGCAGUGUUUCUUGAUUUAUUCUAUUCUGAAAAUUGUAAGCAUCCUGGUGGCCAUCUUGCCACUGAAACAUAACAUCCUGGUGGCCAUCUUGCCACUGAAACAUAACAUCCUGGUUUUGAAGGUCAGAAGAAAAAAAUGGAUUGGUGUGUGUGAAUCAAAAGCAUAAUGAGACCUUUCACAAUCACCACACAAUGGUGGCCUGAUAUCAGACUCACUUUUAACUGUGACGGUCGAUCGGCUUUUCUACUUAAUACGAACCGGCUGUGCGAGCCGAGCAAUAUCAAAUCAGUGUUUCAAAUCUGAGCAGUACUGCAAAACACGUCCAGUUCUUUGUUUUUCACCCACACUCUCAUCUGAAGGCAUACGUGAGCAGUCGUGAGUUUUGUAUAUACAGUACAUCCCAUGAAAACAACGGCAAUAUCUGAAGUGUAUGUCUGACACAGUGCGUGGGAAACAGGAUGUUGUGUUUGACGUUGUGAAAGGCAAAGAUGAAAAUCGUUUGAUAAAAGACAGGCUUUGUCUUGCAUCAGUAUGAGAGAGAGAGAGAGAGAGAAUGAAAGAGUUGUUUUGACUGAUGCCACAGGAUGUUGAUGUGGAUUAUACAGUACACGGUAUGUAUCAUGGAAAGUCGGGGUUCCUGUAGUUUACUGUGUGCCAUUCUAAUCUCUCCCCAUUCAAGCCUGCAGAGAGACAUUCUACACAGUAUACUAAUGGCUCUCCAUUUCAGCACACAGAUCUGACUAGAUUUAGUGAGUAGACUAGACAUAGAAAGAGAGAAGAUUUGCACUAAACUCUGACGUUCUGCACUGAGACAGCAGAGCCUGUUCUGACUGCAGGUGUAAGGAAGAACUAUACCGGUCUGCCUCACAACACAACAUAACAUAUACAAACGUUGGAUUUUAUUAUCGCUAGUAUCUUGUACUGUAGAUGCUGUCGUCAUUUCAUCCGACAUCCCUAGUUCCUAAAUCCCAGGUGGCUGCUGGUCCCCAUCCAUUCAUUUGAGAGCUGAUAAUAUAUUUUCUAUUGUUUAUUCUAUUUAUUUUCAAUGGAAUUUGUUGCCAAAGCAUCACCUUUCUGACUACACUGGCAGUGAUAGCAUAGAGAUGACAGAUUUCUAAAUUCCUUUUGUAAACCAAUCCAAAGGGAUUAUUCAACCGUUUCUUUUCUAUAAUGUGGCCAGAGGAUGGUGCCAGAGUACAAGACAGUGUUUUAUACAUCUAACUUAGAGUAGGAUGUUUUGCCUUCCCCAACCCUAUUGCUAACGUUAAGAUUUGGGGACGUUAAUCUGAUGUUACAUCUGUGUUUAUGAACUCAUAUUAAAUCCCAGUCUUCAUUGAGAAAAAAAAGAACCAUGGCAAGUGAGAUUCAGCACAGCUUUAGAGAGACAGAAACAUGAACUAUGCACCUUCAUCCUCUCUGGCUAAGAUCUUUGCAAUAAUACAGUGUUAGAGGGACAGUGACAAUGCCUUCAGUACUCCAUCUCUUCAGACUGCGUUCCACCAAUAGGAUCUCUUAGUACUCCACCUCUUCAGACUGCGUUCCACCAAUAGGAUCUCUUAGUACUCCAUCUCUUCAGACUGCGUUCCACCAAUAGGAUCUCUUAGUACUCCACCUCUUCAGACUGUGUUCCACCAAUAGGAUCUCUUAGUACUCCAUCUCUUCAGACUGCGUUCCACCAAUAGGAUCUCUUAGUACUCCACCUCUUCAGACUGCGUUCCACCAAUAGGAUCUCUUAGUACUCCAUCUCUUCAGACUGCGUUCCACCAAUAGGAUCUCUUAGUACUCCAUCUCUUCAGACUGCGUUCCACCAAUAGGAUCUCUUAGUACUCCAUCUCUUCAGACUGUGUUCCACCAAUAGGAUCUCUUAGUACUCCAUCUCUUCAGACUGCGUUCCACCAAUAGGAUCUCUUAGUACUCCACCUCUUCAGACUGCGUUCCACCAAUAGGAUCUCUUAGUACUCCAUCUCUUCAGAUUGCGUUCCACCAAUAGGAUCUCUUAGUACUCCACCUCUUCAGACUGAGUUCCACCAAUAGGAUCUCUUAGUACUCCAUCUCUUCAGACUGCGUUCCACCAAUAGGAUCUCUUAGUACUCCACCUCUUCAGACUGAGUUCCACCAAUAGGACCUCUUAGUACUCCAUCUCUUCAGACUGCGUUCCACCAAUAGGAUCUCUUAGUACUCCAUCUCUUCAGACUGCGUUCCACUACCCAAUAUAGGGUCUCCAGCUGACCUGGAUUCUCAGUGUGGGUAUCAAUAGGGAACAUCCCAUCACUCCAUCUGGGCUGAAACACACACACACACACACCUCCUGUCUGAAAUAGGAAACCUGAUUUUAGGAAGCUCCCCUGGUACUAUAUUCUCUUAAUCUCUGAUCAUCUCUCUCUGUGCUUUAGAUAUGAGGUUAACUAAAAUGCCUGUCAAAUAUGCAUUUUGGCCUAAAACAUACAUAGCCUUCUGUCAUUUAGCAUGGAUUGCCUAUCUAUAAUGUACUUCAAGCUACAACAUAAUGGCAAGGCUCAUGCUUCUGCAUUGAGACUGAAUAUAGCAUUUUCAUGAACAUAGUGGCAACAAUAAGAAUUGAGCUCUGACUUACUGAACUAGUUGUGGUAGUUACAGCUCUGGCUGACUGAACUAGUUGUGGUAGUUACAGCUCUGGCUGACUGAACUAGUUGUGGUAGUUACAGCUCUGACUGACUGAACUAGUUGUGGUAGUUACAGCUCUGGCUGACUGAACUAGUUGUGGUAGUUACAGCUCUGACUGACUGAACUAGUUGUGGUAGUUACAGCUCUGACUGACUGAACUAGUUGUGGUAGUUACAGCUCUGGCUGACUGAACUAGUUGUGGUAGUUACAGCUCUGGCUGACUGAACUAGUUGUGGUAGUUACAGCUCUGACUGACUGAACUAGUUGUGGUAGUUACAUCUCUGACUGACUGAACUAGUUGUGGUAGUUACAGCUCUGACUGACUGAACUAGUUGUGGUAGUUACAGCUCUGACUGACUGAACUAGUUGUGGUAGUUACAGCUCUGACUGACUUAACUAGUUGUGGUAGUUACAGCUCUGACUGACUUAACUAGUUGUGGUAGUUACAUCUCUGACUGACUGAACUAGUUGUGGUAGUUACAGCUCUGACUGACUUAACUAGUUGUGGUAGUUACAUCUCUGACUGACUUAACUAGUUGUGGUAGUUACAUCUCUGACUGACUUAACUAGUUGUGGUAGUUACAGCUCUGACUGACUUAACUAGUUGUGGUAGUUACAGCUCUGACUGACUUAACUAGUUGUGGUAGCGGUAGCAGUUACAUGGGAUUUGAGCUGAAAAGGCACUUCAAGGCAAUAAGGAAAGAGAAAUGGCAGUUUUGUGGGAGUGAGUGACAUUUGAUCUCAUCAUCACAUUUCCUCCUCCCUCUACAGCCAAUCAAGUCAUUAUAAGGAAACCAUUUGGUUAAUAUCGUCAGCAUCAUAAUUCAUUUGUGAAUAAUGCCAAAUAACUAGGCCACGGAUGAGAGACAUGAUUGAGACAUUUCUCAUUUACUGUAGUGAAGCAGAUGCUGUCAGACAAGUGUUUGAUUAGAUGAUCUGUUGUAGGCCAUUGUCAGUAACAAUCAUCCACGGUACACCUGCCUGCUGUGCCUCUGGAACACACUGGCUUGGUUUCUGGGUUUGUUUCACCUUUGAUACAGGUUAACAACUUUAAUAGUUCUGAGUGGCUUCCUCUAUUUCCCCCCAUCUCUGAUCGAAAAGAACUGAACAUGUGAAAGUAAAUCCCCAGCAGGCAACCAACAUCUUGCUUUGACCUGGCCAUCCUUUUUCACAUCGGUGCAGACGAAGGCAAGGGGACAAAGAGCUAAGUAAGACUAUUGAGAUGCAGCCUUUGUUGUGUCAGCGGCCAUCAUGGUGCGUGACCUUUGGUCUCACUGGACACGUUAACCCUCGUGGUUAGGUUUUAUCAGACAGAGCUACUUUACUGAAGUAGAGAAACGGCUCAUGUCAUUUCAAACGGGUAGGAAGUGCUCUGAACGACCUUUACCUUUUGAUGUUCUAUCACUGCACUGCUUAGUUACGAAUGCUUAGAAUGGUUGUGAGACGAGAGCAGAGGGAAUUUUGUUCAUGUGACAUUGUUUGGGACAGUUGUCUAAAUCCAGUCUCUAAAGCAGUGUUACUUUACCGUAUUGGUUUGAUGGGUUAGCCUGACAGGGGAGGGGUAACUGUAGCCUAAUCGUUGAUCUGGACAGUAAAAAGUGGAUGAGGUGAGAUGUACUGUACACCUACUACCAGUAUGUAGAACCUUUCCCUUUAUACCGUUCUAACUAAAUAAAACAUCUUCAUAACAGCCUCACUAACUGACCAGACAUCAUGUGCUCUUCCAAUGUACCACUGUACAAAAACAAAAAUAUUUUCAAGAAAAAUAUGAUACUGGGAAAUGGGAUUAUUUAUUUCUUUUAAUUUAUUUUGUCAUAUUUUUGUAAGAUCUGAAAUAUAGAUAAUAAAACAAUUUUAAAUUGAAA